AUGCACUUCACGCAGACCGAGUGGGCGCGGCUGGCCGAAUGGGAGAAGGUGCGCUUCAAAAACAUGAAGAGGAACCACCUGGCCAUGCUGGCCAUAGGUUUGUCCUCCACUCCUCCAGCCUUCAUGAAGAAGGGCCGGGCCAGAAGGGAGACGUUGGCGAGAGCACCCACUGCUGACAGCACCGACUCAGAUGAAGAGUGGACACCCAGUUUGGAGAGGAGACCUCCAGUGUCAAAGAGAGAGUGGUUGAAACAGCAGAAUGGCCAGUUGAACAGCUACAAGCGUGGAGGCAGCCUGCGCAGCAGACCCAGAGUGAGCUACACAGAGGAAGAGGAGCCCAAAGAUGAAGAUUACCUCUACUGUGAGGACUGUGAGUCUUUCUACAUUGAUGAGUGUGGGGUCCAUGGCCCCCCUAACUUCAUCCCUGACACCCCAGCUCCUAUAGGGGUCCCAGACCGAGCCAGACUCACCCUGCCACCUGGACUGGUGGUCAGCGAGUCCAACAUUCCAAACGCAGGUCUGGGGGUGUUCAACCAGGGUCAGACGGUGCCCAGAGGGGCGCACUUUGGCCCCUAUGAGGGAGAGGUGAUGGACAGGGACGAGGCCAUAGAGAGCGGAUACUCCUGGGUGACAUACAAGAGCCGACAUGUAGAUGAGUACAUAGACGCAAAGAGAGAAACUCACUCCAACUGGAUGAGGUAUGUGAACUGCGCUCGUGACGGUGAGGAGCAGAACCUGGUGGCGUUUCAGUACAGAGGGGGGAUUGUGUAUCGCUGCGGUAAGACCAUCGCCCCUGGAGAGGAGCUGCUGGUCUGGUAUGGAGAGGACUACGCCAGAGACCUGGGCAUCACCUUCGACUACCUGUGGGACAUCAAGAGUAGCGCCAAAGGUACAUCACAAUAUGAUGAGAAUAUUGAAAUGAAUGACAAGGUGUCGGCGUCUCAGGUGUUCUCGUGCUCCUUGUGUCUGUUUUCCUACACGGCUCAAAUCUACCUCCACAAGCACAUCAAGAGGAGCCACACGGACGAGUACGUGCGACUGCUGAGGUCUGGAGAGAUCAGACCAGAGACUUUGGCACCUUCCAGAAGCGGUGCCCAACACAAACAAAAACAUUUAACUGUGCCGUCCAGGUCAACAUCCAGUAAAGUCGCCCCUAACCCCUCUUCACAACAGGAAGGAGCGAAUGACAAGAGAAGUCACCACUGCACUCAGUGUGGCAAGACCUUUACUCGAGAGGCACAUCUCAAACAACACCAGCGCACUCACACAGGAGAGAGGCCGUACCACUGCACUCAGUGUGGCAAGAGCUUUACUGAGGGGGGAAGUCUCAAACUACACCAGCGCACUCACACAGGAGAGAGGCCGUACCAUUGCACUCAGUGUGGCAAGAGCUUCACUGUUGGGGGAAAUCUGAAACGACACCAGCGCACUCACACAGGAGAGAGGCCGUACCACUGCACUCAGUGUGGCAAGAGCUUUACUCUAGAGGGAACUCUCAAACUACACCAGCGCAUUCACAUAGGAGAGAGGCCGUACCACUGCACUCAGUGUGGCAAGACCUUUACUCAAGAGCAUCAUCUCAAACUACACCAGCGCACUCACACAGGAGAGAGGCCGUACCACUGCACUCAGUGUGGCAAGAGCUUUACUCAAGAGGGAACUCUCAAAGCACACCAGCGCACUCACACAGGAGAGAGGCCGUACCACUGCACUCAGUGUGGCAAGACCUUUACUUCUACGGGUCAAUUAAAGACACACCGGUGCACUCACACGAAAGAGCCCUAA